GCUUUACUGCAGCAAGAUAUCAUUCUUCACAGAAAACUCUGAACCAUAGACAAGCUCAUCACAAAAACAACCGUGAGCUUUACAAAAGUCUCUGAAAUCCAGCUGAUAGUUCUUCUGAAGAAAAAAAGAUUACAUUUACUUCUACUGCAUUAUCUCUAAAGAUGUCCAGAUUGAUUUUCUUUGCUCUGGUUGUGACAUUGCAAGCAUGUCUGGCAUCAUCCAACUUGUUGCCCACUCCUGCUCCAGACAAUGCUGGACUUCUUGAAAGAGCAAAGCAAGUGUACAGGGACACAAAGACUAAAGUUCUAAAUGUUGGCAGCACAGUGGCUGAUUUUGCUGGCAUGUACUAUGAGGAACAUCUAAAACCUGUAACUGACCCUUACAUGGAAUGGGCAAAAGACCGUGCAAACUCCCUGUGGGAGAGAGUGAAAAGCAGAAUGCCUACUUUAAGAUCAACUGAAGAUCAAUAAGCAAAGCGAUUCGUCAGGGACCAAUCGCAAUCCCAAUUUUCAGGAUAUACAGUGCCUUCCAUAAGUAUUGGAACAAUAAAGACAAAAUUGUUCUGUUUGCUGCUGAGUCAAGAAAUCUGUAAAUAUGAUUAAAAGAUGAAUGUGAGACAAAACUA